AUGCCCAGCAAGUUGAGCAAGGGGAGCGACCUAUCUCUGCCUGUCUACCCUGCCCUGCCGCAGCAGCGGUUUGUGCGGCGCCUCUCCUCCGCCGCGCUGCCAUCGGUGGGGCGCCUAAACCACGUGGCCAUUGCGGUCCCAUCCCUGGAGGAGGCUGCUCAAAAGUACAGGGACGUGCUCGGGGUCAAGGUCAGCGCGCCGCAGUCCCUGCCCGAGCACGGUGUGCGGGUGGUGUUUGUGGAGCUGCCCAACACCAAGCUGGAACUGCUGGAGCCUCUGGGCAGCUCCUCCCCCAUUGCGGGCUUCCUGCAAAAGAACAGCGCUGGCGGCAUCCAUCACAUUUGCCUGGAAGUGGAUGACAUCCAUGCCAGCAUGCGGCAUGUGGGUGAGCGGGUGCGCUUGCUGGAUAAGCAGCCCAAGAUUGGGGCGCAUGGCCUGCCAGUGGUGUUUGCACACCCGAAGGAUUUGUGUGGCGUGCUGACGGAGUUGGAGGAGGUUAAACGCUGA